CUCUAAUAGUAGAGAUGGCACAGACGAUACAACGUUACUGCGGUUUCUGCGGGCACAGAAGUUUGACAUCAGUCUUGCCUUUCAACACUUCCAUACAGCGCAGACAUGGCGAAAGCAGCAUGGUAUUCGGACAUUCUAUGAGACUGUAGAUGUUGAGUACUAUGAAGAAUCGAGAAAGAUGGUAUGUCUCCUCCUGCUUCGCAACUAGGCCUAGCUAAAGAGGAAUAAAGUAUCCGCAGUGGACUGGUCGACGGGACAAAGACGGUCACCCCGUCUAUGUAUUUCCAAUGAGGCAUCUGACCAAGAGGAGAUUGGACAACUACACAAGGACCAUUUCAUCCUGUCCAACAUCGAAGAAUCAUCAGUCUGACCUUCCUCCACAAGAUCUUCACUUCCAUGCACUCUAUGAAAACCUGCUAUAUUUCGUCUUUCCUCUUGUUUCAGAAUUACCUCGGCCGGAGAUGUCUAAACCGGUCAGUGCAUCAACACACAUCAUCGACGUGAGUGGAGUCAGCAUCAUGCAAUUCUGGGGUAUACGGAAGUAUCUCCAGGAAUCCAGUACAGCAGCUACAACACACUAUCCAGAGACAUUGGGUCGGGUAUUUGUCAUCGGAGCCCCUCAUUUUUUCAAAUCCAUCUGGGACGUCAUCAGCCAGUGGUUCGACCCAGUCACCCGGUCAAAGAUUUUCCUCCUGUCUCCAUCUGAAGUGCAGCAGACGCUCCGCUCAUAUAUUGAUCCAUCCAAUCUCCCCAAGGAAUAUGGCGGCGAGCUACACUGGCACUGGCAGGAUUUGCCGAAUCUGGACGCACCAGCCCGGGAAUUGGUGGACGGGUUAUACCAUAAGACAUACCGGGGCGAUAUAUUUGCCAAAGGCCCGGUUGUCUUUCAGGAUGGUUGUAUUAAGCUUCUGGGGAAUGUUGAUGGGAAGCCCAGGCGAAAUGACUUUUGCCCUUGACGGUGUAUGACUCUUGACUUUGUAUCAACAGUAGUUUACCAUCGUAGUAUAAAUGUAAUUGAUAUUGCCAUUGCUUCUCAAAGCAAUCACCAGUAUCGCGAUAUAGUUAUCUAAC